GUAAUUACUUAGCAGGCAGACAACGGCACUGCUUGCAAGUGUCAUCCAUAUUCCCGAUGUUGAUCCAUGAGGGGUCGCCAGUGCAAAGAACUUCCUCUGUCAAGCAUGUUGUAGGCCGCUGCCGGAAGGAGCGAGAGCUCUCUUCGUGUAUUGCUCUAGCAAGUCCAACGCCCGCAACAUUUCAACUCUUCAAGUUGAGCUCGAAGUCUGCGUCCACAGCAGCAGCAAUAUCCCAAAAUCUAAAGUCAUGUUUCACUCAGCAAAACCCAUCGCUCCGUAUGCAGGAAAACACCAAGGCUAGCCCCCUUUCGGUCGUGGCUUUGUAUUGCAUUUAUUACUGAUGGACACAACACCGCUGUCAAGCGUCCGCGAAUGUGUCGUCCGUGGGAAUGGAUGCUGCACCACACCCUAAGGUCGUCUUCAACUUGAACGCGGGAACCAUCAUGAGAAUCUCGACGCUCAUACUCACGUCGGCACUGGCCAGCCUUCAGGCACAUGUAGCGACGGCCGACAACCCGAUCGUCCAGACGCUCUACACGGCCGAUCCAGCGCCGAUAGUGCACAACGGGCGCGUCUAUCUCUACACAGGCCACGACGAGAACGGGGCCACGACGUUUGUCAUGAAGGACUGGCGCCUCUUCUCGUCCGCCGACAUGGUCAACUGGCAGGACCAUGGUUCGCCCAUGAGCCUGGCCACGUUCCGCUGGGCAACUGCACAGGCAUGGGCUGGCCAGCCCGUUCUCCGCAACGGCCAAUGGUACUGGUACGUGCCCGUCCGCCACACAUCCGGCAGCAUGGCCAUCGGCGUGGGCGUGAGCGACAGCGGCCCGACGGGCCCGUUCCGUGACGCGCUGGGCAAGCCGCUGGUCAUGAACAACGAAAUCGACCCGUCCGUCUUCAUCGACGACGACGGCCAGGCCUACCUGUACUGGGGCAACCCGAACCUGUGGUACGUCAAACUCAACGCCGACAUGGUGUCGUACAGCGGCGGCGUCAACAAGGUCGCGCUGACGGCCGCCGGCUUCGGCGCCCGCUCCGGCAACAACGCCAACGCCCAGCGUCCGACCACGUAUGAGGAAGGGCCGUGGCUCUACAAGCGCGCGGGCAAGUACUACAUGGUGUUCGCAGCCAACUGCUGCUCCGAACACCUUGGCUGGUCGACGGGUCCCAGCGCGACGGGGCCCUGGACCUACGGCGGCGUCAUGAUGCCCACCCAGGGCUCCAGCUUCACCAACCACCCGGGGAUCAUCGACUUCCAGGGCUCCUCCUACCUGUUCUACCACAAUGGUGCCCUGCCUGGCGGCGGCGGUUACCAGCGGUCCGUGUGCGUCGAGCGGUUUACCUACGGCGCCAACGGCUCCAUCCCCGUCAUCAACAUGUCCAAGGAGGGUGCGCCGCAGGUCGGCACGCUGGACCCUUACAUGCGGCAGGAGGCCGAGACCAUCGCCUGGUCGUCGGGCGUGCAGACCGAGAUUUGCAGCGAAGGGGGCAUGGACGUGCUGUCCAUCAACAACAACGACUACAUCAAGGUCAAGGGCGUCGCCUUCGGUAGCGCGGGGGCCAAAUCCUUCACCGCACGCGUGUCGUCGGCCACGUCCGGCGGCAAGAUCGAGCUGCGCCUCGGCAGUACCAGCGGCACACUCCUCGGAACCUGCAGCGUGCCCGGCACGGGCGGUUGGCAGAGGUGGAGCAGCGCGAACUGCACCGUCAGCGGCGCUACGGGGACCCAUGAUCUCUUCUUCCGCUUCACCGGCGGCAGUGGAGAGCUGUUUCGCUUCAAUUGGUGGCAGUUUGCUCAGUAAACGUCUGCUGCUGCAAUGGCUUGGCCUGCCUGUGUGCCCUGGAGUGGUGCAUCUCAGAACAACACAUUUGGACAGUUAGUGCUCUUUGAUAUCCGGGUUUUGCAGUCUCGUAUUGUCGCGUUGCACCCGGGGCCUAGGCUGUUAACGGUAUCUAGACUUUGGUACAGGAACAAUGCGCCUUCGUUCUAGCAAGAAAUCAAGUGCAUGAUCUCAGAUCGCAACAUAAAUGCAACAUGCUCUUCC